CCGAGGGUUUCCGAGAGUUUAGGGUUUGAGGGCGAUCGAUCGAUCGAAUGCCACACGCCGCUCGACGCCGCUUGCGCGGAUCUAUGCCGCCGUGUUCUUCUCGCGGCCGACGCCUCACAUUUUGGUACGCUCCCAGAUUUUGAUUCCCCCCCUUUCCCCUUCUCUGAGCUCUUGUAAGAUUUCCCUCGGAAUUUUUCUCCUUUCUCCCCUCUCGCUGCUCCUCCUGUAUGUAUAGAGUGGUGGAGCUCUCUUUCUCGUGUACAGCCGCUGUAAAUACUAGUCCCUCGAAGAGCAAGCUGGAUUUCUAUACCCCCCGAAGCCUCGGCAAUGCCGAGCAAAUCCUAGAGAGUUUGGGAGAGAUGAACGAGCGGUGGCGCGUCCGGUCGGGGAUCCAUGUAGAUAGCAAAGUCAACGAAGAGUUAGUGUGUCCCAAGCCCAGAAGGCCGGCUACCGUGGUCUCUUGCUUCUCUCCGGAGCCUCUCAAGCCCCAUCCUUCCACGCGAAUGCACUGCGGUGACGGGGAUGUGGGCUUUGAGAUCCUUGACAUUUUUCUGAGGAAGGCCUCCUCCGGGGAAUCAUCAAAUUUUUGUUGUUCUCCACCAUAUUUUUGUGGCUCGCCACCGAGCCGAGCAGGCAACCCACUUAUACAUGAUGUACAGUUUACACACCAGCGCAGCAACGCCGCCGCCACCGCGGCCGCGUCUCCUCUGAUAUGCUCCCAGCAGCAAAAGAGUGUCCGCGAGCCGGCCCGAGCGUCCAAGCCUCCGGUCCGAGUGGAAGGAUUCGUUCCAUCCGGUCCGGACUCGAGGAGCGUCUCGGCGCUGGCAUAGGGGGGGAGCUGCGCGUUAUUUUUCCUCUUCGUCCUCAAAUUUUCCAUCGCCCAAGUUACUACUUCAGGCAAGCUGGUGAUUUUGGCAAAGUUCUUUCGUUUUCAUCUCUCCUCCUCCAUCGUCACAACUCACAAGGAGGUUGUAUACUUUUUUCUCUCGUAAGCUGGCGAGAGAGAUCUUGCGCUGCUGCUAGCACAGGUGUUUCAACCAAAUAAGAACGAGGAUCAUCGUUCCAGCGAAAGCAAGCACUCUCCUCCGGCAAAGAGCCUCGGAUUAUCAUCGUCAUCGUCUCUUUUCUCCAUUUGGUUUCGUCGCCCCUCUUCUCUCUUGUACACAAGAAAUCUAGUGAGUGCCUCUCCUUCUCCCUUCUCGAUUCUCGAUCGGUUAAGUCGGUUGAGAGCAAGAAAAAAUUUUCCCCUUUCCCCUUCGCUUCUCGGCAGAGCUUUUGUACAUAUAUAUUUCAAGCUGAUCCCCUUGUAAACUUUUGUAAUCUUUGAAAUAGUUUUUCCAAUCAAUCAAAAAGCUUUGGUGUA